AGAUUGUGAGGGCGAUGACCCAUUUGAUCAACAAUGGCAUGUCCAUGUACUGGGGGACAUCACGAUGGUCUGCCAUGGAGAUUAUGGUAAGUAGGCAGAAUUUCUCACAACUUCACAAUAUGUCAACUUCAUAUUCUCUUCAGCAGUAAGUAGACCUGCACGAUCUGUCCACAUGAUUCACUGUAGCACUGUAGCAUGCUUGGGAUAUAAAUGCUUUUGAAGUCUGACAUUAGAGAGUAAACAAACAUUAUAGGGGUUGAAAAGGUGAAUGAAGUCUGAAAGGUUCAGGUGCUGUCUUGUAAUAUCAAUAUUUUGAAGAUAUGGAAGUUUGGUCUGAUAUUAACAAGAGAAGUUUGAAAAGGUGAACAGAGUCAGCAUGGUUCUCACCUUGGUUCCUUAACCCCCCCACCUCCUCCUCCCCUCCCCUCCCCUCCCCUCUUCCCUUCUCCUCUCUCUUUCUCAUUCUUUCAGGAAGCAUACUCGGUUGCGCGGCAGUUUAACCUGAUCCCUCCAGUGUGUGAGCAGGCUGAGUACCACUUCUUCCAGAGGGACAAGGUGGAGACACAGCUACCUGAGCUCUACCAUAAGAUAGGCACGUGUAAUAGCAACACCUUCUCACAAACUCACUAGAUUUUAGAUUUGUCAAACUUUGGGACUGCAUUCAAAUGUCCUAUAACGCCCUUGAAAUGCACGACCAGGAUCAAACUGGUAGUAGUUCACCCCAAAAUUCAAAGUUUGUCAAAAGUGGUCUAAAGUGGAGCUGAGUCAAUAUUCCUUACCACAAAAGGUCAACUCUAGAUACCAGUACUUUUGUCCUUCAGUACCAUGAUCAUCUGAUGAUUACCCUGCCUGUCAUGUGACCUAACUCCCAUGUGCCAUUGCAGGUGUGGGUGUGGUCUCCUGGUCGCCUCUAGCCUGUGGAAUCAUCACUGGGAAGUAUGAGAAUGGUAUCCCAGAAUGCUCCAGGGCCUCCAUGAAGGUACUGCUCAUAUCCGCUUGUCCCAACGACAUCUGAGGGGAAUGUCAGCUUGGUCCUCAGGUCUAAGACUGUUCUUCUCCUUCUCUUCCAGCAGUACGCCUGGUUGAAGGAUAAGAUAGUGAGUGAAGACGGGAGGAAACAGCAGGCCAAGCUGAAGGAGCUCACUAUCAUCUCUGAGAAGCUGGGCUGCACUCUGCCACAAUUAGCCAUCGGUAAGAUAUCAGUAACACAAAUGCUGAAAAGAUAAAGUUGAUGGUUUUCACGAAAUCUAACAUGAAAUCUCAGACUCAGACGUACAUUUUUUUUUUCCGUUACAAAAUGUUUUCUGUUGCAUGUCCUAAUGAACUCAACCCUGUUACCUCCCCUUCUCUCUCUCUGCAGCCUGGUGUCUGAGGAAUGAAGGAGUGAGCUCAGUGCUGCUGGGAACAUCCAACCCCAUCCAGCUUGCAGAGAACCUGAGGGCCAUGGAGGCAAGGAGCAUCUCUUAUAUACUUUACUGUCUUCAUUAGGGGAAGAACUCCGUUGAAGAAUACAUUUUAAGCUGUUUUAGGCCCAAUGCCAAAUCGACCCCUAGACCCUAUGCCCACAGGAGGUUGGUGGCACCUUAAUUGGGGAGAAUGGGCUCAUGGUAAUAACUGGAGCGGCAUUAGUGGAAUGGUAACAAAAACAUAAAAUACAUGGUUUCCAGGUGUUUGAUGCCAUUCCAUUGAUGCCGUUCCAGACAUUAUUAUGAGCCGUCCUCCCCUCAGCAGCCUCCUGUGCCUAUGCCCUAUGUACUUGUGGAGAUCUGAGAGGAUUUAACAGGUGUAAGGAAUACAGUAACAGCACCGCUGAUAGGCUAGGUGGAAGUUUAACCAUAUGUCUUAUACCAAAUCAAAUCAUCUUAGAUCUCCACAAGUGCAUAGGAUGUAGUAGCCUGGCGAGCCACCCCGAUCUCGCUAUCAUCGAUAGAUCAGGUUGGCUGGCGAGGCUAAGGGUGCAGGGUUUAGGGGUCGAUUUGGGAUACUGACAUCUAUUUUUCAGCACUCAAACUGCUCGCCUUCUCUAGUCUAGGCCUACAUUGUUUAUUUACUAGUUUGGAUGCCUAUUGCAGUGUAGUUACUAACUACUACUACCAACAUAACAACUAACUGAAUCAAUGGUAUUGUUUCUCCUCUUCAUGUAUUCUAGGUCAUUCCAAAGAUGACUGCAGGCAUUGCCACAGAGAUUGACCACGUCUUGGGAAACCGACCCCACAGUAAGAAGGACUUCCAACAAGCACAU